CUGAGUUCAGAAUCAGCUUCUUCCUCCUCUCCAAUAGGAAUAGAAAUCUCUCCCGUUUCCCGUCACUCGGGGGAGAGAGAGAGAGCAGAAGUAUCGAAGGACAAGCGGAGAAGAUUCAGAAAUGGCGAUGUGGGUAUUCGGGUACGGUUCUCUUAUAUGGAAAGCCGGGUUUCACUACGACGAACGCCUCGUCGGCUUCAUCAAGGGCUAUCGCCGCGUCUUCUUCCAAGGGAGCACUGAUCACAGAGGAACGCCGGAGUUCCCUGGAAGAACGGUGACAUUGGAGCCCGCUGAAGGGGAAAUCUGUUGGGGAGUUGCAUACAAAAUCGUUGGAGAGGAAGACCAGCAGAUUGCUUUAACGUAUUUGGAAGUGAGGGAGAAGCAGUAUGACCAGAAAGCUUAUGUCGACUUUUUCACUGAGCCUGCUGCUGAAACUCCUGCUGUAUCGGGGAUUAUGGUAUACAUAGGCUCUCCUGACAAGAAGAUAAACCCGAAUUUCUUGGGACCUGCACCUCUUGAAGACAUUGCUAAACAAAUAGUUCAAGCAGAAGGGCCCUCCGGACCCAACAGAGACUACCUCUUCCAACUUGAGGCAGCUCUUCUUCAAAUUGGAUGCAAGGACAAGCAUGUGAUGGACCUUGCAAAUGAAGUGAGGCGUCUGCUCUUGCAAGAGGAUGGACCCCACAACGGGCUAUGAUAUACCGAGCAUAACCAAAUGCUGGGGUGCUCAAAGCUGUGUGAUGUGGGACUAUUGGCCAUUAUUAUAGGAAGGCAUUCAAGAAGACGUUUAACUUCAAUUCUUGAAUGACCACAUUAAUCCAAUUCAUUGGUGCCGUCAUAUUAGUGUUCUGUUGGCUAGUUCGGAAGGUGUGAAUACUUGAUUCAAUGCACCACAUCAAAUUGGGAUCCAUUUCGUAGAAAAGCUGUAUCACAGGGCGUUAUUACUGCUCCUCCCAUAGUACAACAUUGUGAACUCUUGAUAUGAAGGAAUCUAUUUCUUUCUCCUGCA